AAAGCAACAGCAAUAGAGCUAAGCAACCUUUUAUUUAUUUAUAAAACCCCCAUUUUUUUUGGUUAUUUUUCAUUUCCAUUCAAAUAUUCCUUACCCUCCUUCAAAUUCAGGUUUUAUUAAGAAUCCCCCAAUUCUGUUUAUUCGCAUUUCAAAUUAUUCGGUUCGGUAUCGAUCGCAAGCAAAACGGGGCCUUUUUUUUUGUUUAAAUCGGCUGACCUAUAGUAAAGAAUCAUAUUAAUGUCUUCAAGAACAUUGAGGAGAAGACUCCAUCAUGGGGAUGUUGAUGGCAAAAGGCAGGAGCAUUACGAUACUUCGGGAUUAGAUUCUCUGAGUGAGCCCUUGCUGGAUGAUGAUGAUUAUAUUGAGAGUAAUAAGACAUGUACGCUUGAAGAUAUAUGGGAUGAUGAGAGGAAGAAGGCACAGGUUCAUUGGACAUUCUUAUUUUCAAACCUCAUUGAGCAAUGGGCACAGUGGUUAGCAAACCUUGUACUAGGAUCUGGAUCUCUUAUUGGGCGUCUUUUGUCUUUUCCUUCUACUGCUCUAAAUGGUCAAAACAAUAAGAUGCUUCCUCCAUCUCUUAACCCUCUGCAGGAAGAAAGACUAAGAAACUUACAGCAACGGCUUGAAGUCCCCUUUGAUGGCUCUAAAACAGAGCACCAAGAUGCUCUUAAACAAUUGUGGAAAUUGGCUUACCCUGACAGGGAGCUUCCCUCACUUAAAUCAGAUCUUUGGAAGGAAAUGGGAUGGCAAGGUUCAGAUCCUUCAACAGAUUUUAGGGGUGGAGGAUUUAUAUCAUUAGAGAAUCUCAUCUUUUUUGCACUGAAAUAUCCAGAUUCAUUCCAGCGAUUACUGCAUAAACAAGAUGGAACCAGAGCAGAAUGGGAGUAUCCAUUUGCAGUAGCUGGAAUCAAUAUUUCUUUUAUGUUGGCACAGAUGCUAGAUCUUCAAGCAGGGGUUCCAUCUUCUUUACCAGGAAUCCGUUUUCUACAACUGCUUGAGGAGGAUGAAAUGGCAUUUGAUAACCUUUAUUGUGUUACCUUUCAAAUGAUGGAUGCUCAGUGGCUAGCAAAGCGUGCUACUUAUAUGGAAUUUAAUGAUGUUUUGAAGUCCACAAAAACGCAGUUAGAGCGUGAGCUUUCGCUUGAUGACAUCUCCAGUGUGAAAGAUUUACCUGCUUACAACAUGUUGAGAUGAUUUACGAUGUCAUCUAGUUUAACAUUUCUCUCUCCCUUUUUUGGCAGAGAAUGUUACAUGAAAUGUAUCUAAAGCAUUUGUCAUUUUAUCUCUAAAUAGAAACAUAAAAAUCAAGUGAAAGUGUUAAUUUCCAAAUAUCAGAUUAGUGUUUCUGUUAAUUUCCAUCAUUCCUUGUAUUUAAGCGUAUGUAUUUGCAUUUAGGAAAUUGUUCAGAAAAUUUCUGUUCUCAGCAAUUACAAAAAUUCAAGUCAAUCAUAUCAACUAUG